UUGGUGGUGAGAGAAAUAUUUACAUCAUGGCGGAUGGAUUGACAAGACGUUGCAGUUAUGACAAUAGCUUUGAGUAUGUCGAUUUCACUGACGCAUCCGGGUUUAGCAACCAGUCGCGCAUCGGACGCCUAAUCUCUGAAGAGAUUUCAAGCAACAGCAGGUCACAACCUCUCACACGAAAAGAUUUCAACAAUUUUUUCGAUACAGACGGUCGGCUUGUUGAUGAACAUCUGUUGAGAAAAACAAUAUUUAAAGGUGGAGUUGAUCCAGAGGUGCGCCCAGAUGUCUGGAGGUUCCUGUAUGGACUGUAUCCAUUGACAUCUACUAAAAGGGAAAGGCAGUUGCUGCUUGCAGAGAGCUACCUUAAGUACGAGGCACUGAAGCAGCGUUGGAAAUCUAUACUUGCGCAAAGUGGCGAUCCCGAAGCAGAGUCUUUAAUUCACGCUAGGUGGUCUGAAAGUGAAGGUGGAGGUAGCAAUGACGUGGUACAGCGAGUAUCACCGGUUUCCGCUCUCGCUCAGACGUCAGAGGGGAAACAGCAGCUGGAGUUCAUGAAAAUCCAGGCCGAGGUUUAUGCUGGCAGGCAAGAGUAUGAUCUAAAUGAUUUAAAGGGGUCCAUAAGAGUGAUAGACAAAGAUGUACCAAGAACUGAUAAGGAAUUGGAUUACUUCAAGGGUGAAAAUAACCCAAUGAUGUUCGUACUCAGAGACAUACUAGUGACAUUUGCAGCAUUCCAUCCUAAAGUUGGCUAUGCACAGGGAAUGAAUGACAUUCUGAGUCGUAUGAUGAUUGUACUUGACUCUGAGGUGGAGGCAUUUUGGUGUUUCACCUGGUAUAUAGAAGAGAUCCAGCUGGACUUUAUUGCAGAGGGAAUGGUCCGCAAGCUCUCUUUGCUUAGACAGCUGUUGGAGAAAUUAGAUCCAGACCUCUACAACUACCUGGGCAUAUGUGGGGUUGAUGAUCUUACAUUCUGUCACAGGUGGUUGAUACUUGGCUUCAAGCGUGAGUUUGGCUUUGAAGAUGGCGUAAAGUUGUUUGAGAUCUUGAGUAGUCAUUAUUUGGAGUUGCACUCUCUAGAAGCUGAGACACAGAAGAGACUCCAGCGAAGAAAGAAUUUCGAGCAGGAAGGUGGGCACCUCAGGUCUGUGGACGAUGUGUCGGAUCAGGAGUACACGUUUGACCUGUUCGUGGCUGUAUCGAUUAUGAUGGACCACAGAGAUAAGAUGUUCCGCUGCACAGAUGCCGCAACCGUCUUUCAAUGCAUAGCGAGGUUAUCCAUGAAUAUUGAUGUGAAUGACAUCCUCUGUAAGUCGGAAGCUGUGUUCCUGUCAUACUGCCGCAAAUCUGUACACGAUUGCUUUCAGGUUAUCGAGAGACCAAGCAGUGCGAAGGAGGUGCUAAAGAGAGGAAUGGUUGUAGAAAUGCAAGUAAUGGGUAAAAGCACGAAGACAUCUUGAUCGGGAGUAGGUCUGGAGCACCAAGAAUAGAUUAGACGGCUGUGAACUAGGUAUGUACGAGGUCCACACUGUAUUACAGGAAAAGAGAUGUACGAUUUGAGAAGGAAAUAGGAAUUUCUAUAGUGUUUGAAUGACCAGCAAAGGUUCAGUAAUUUAUAAUAUAAAAUGUUGCAUCAUAUUGAGAAAGGCCUUUUGUUCAGAAUGAUAUAUACUUAUCAGUAUUUCUGCACUGCAUGUGAUCUCUGUUAAGCGACCACAACUUUUAUGGAGUUUAAAUAAUAUAAAGCAUUUAGGCUAUUUAUUAUAUUACACGUACUUGCUCAAUUUAAAAAUAUUGUAUUAGUUUUGAAAGUAAUUUUUUAUGUUAUGUCGAUGUUGCAAGUUAUUGCUGUACUGACAUAUGAGUUUAUGCGAUUAAUAAAUAACAUUUGUAUUAGAGAAGAUUAGGAAAAAUGGGAAUUUUAAUCAUAUUUAUCAUAACUAAAACAAUCAAAAUUGUAAUUAUUAGCGUGUUAUUAUAGUCUCGAGGAAUUUUAUGUGGCGAUCUUUUGUAAAUAUAACAAUUGUAAAUACAAUUAAAAAAAUAUAACUAUGUUGGA